AUGGUUCUACAUGCUAUAGAAGCCAGCUGGCCAGUAGUAUGCAACUCAGACACCAAUGACCGGCCAGCCUUGAUUCUACAUGCUAUAGAAGCCAGCUGGCCGGUGUACAACUCAGACACCAAUGACCGGCCAGCCUUGAUUCUACAUGCUAUAGAAGCUAGCUGGCCAGUAUGCAACUCAGACAUCAAUGACUGGCCAGCCUUGAUUCUACAUGCUCUAGAAGCCAGCCAGCUGAUAUGCAACUCAGACACCAAUGACCGGCCAGCCUUGAUUCUACAUCUAGUAGAUGGGGAACCUCCACAUCGCACAGACACGUGCAAUGUUGUCAUUUUCGGAGAAGUAGGAGCUGGCAAAAGCUCCUUGGUCAAUUUGAUCGCUGGGACGAACAUGGCUGUGGUAUCCCCCGAUGCUGGGGGAUGUACAACUGAAACUAAUGAACACGAGAUUUUGAUUCAGAAUGAGACGUUGAAGAUGGUAGGUUUUGACGAGGGCCCUCGAGGUACAGUCCCCGACAAGGAAGCUCGAAGAAUUUUGAAGAACCUUAUUGGAACUCUGAUGAAGCAAGGCAACAUUCAUCUCAUCAUGUACUGUGUGCGGGGUGAAAGAGUCAUUCAGACACUCCGCCGGAACUACGAGUUCAUUCGCUCCCAAAUACAGAGGAAAGUUCCAAUUGCACCUGUUGGUGGCAGGGUUAUGCAUAAUUUAGGCUAA